AAACCGACAUUGACAAAUCAAAAUCAUUGGAAAGCUUGCAAAUCUAAUAAAAUCAAAUGGGUAUCAUGGUACAUUUGAUUUCUUUCUACUAUUUCUGCUAUAAAUAGAACUCAGUUAAUGUUUUUUUUCAUACUCAAAUUCACAAUAGAACAAAAAUAUUAGAGGAGUAAAGUAAUCAGAUUAAAAAAAUUCUCUAGUUUUGUCUCAGACAAAAUUAAACAGCCAUGAGUACUGUUGGUCAGGUCAUCCGAUGCAAAGCCGCGGUGGCAUGGGAGGCUGGGAAGCCACUGUCGAUGGAAGAAGUGGAAGUGGCACCACCACAGAAAAAUGAAGUCCGUAUUAAGAUACUCUUCACUUCGUUAUGUCACACCGACGUCUACUUUUGGGAGGCUAAGGGACAAAAUCCUCUGUUUCCUCGCAUACUUGGUCAUGAAGCUGGAGGGAUUGUGGAGAGUGUAGGCGAGGGCGUGACUGAUCUCCAACCAGGUGAUCAUGUCCUCCCUGUCUUCACUGGAGAAUGCAAGGAGUGUCGCCACUGCUUGUCAGAAGAAAGUAACAUGUGUGAUCUCCUCAGAAUCAACACUGAUAGGGGUGAAAUGCUUCAUGAUGGGAAAUCUAGAUUUUCCAUCAAUGGGAAGCCUAUUUACCACUUUCUUGGCACCUCAACUUUUAGCCAAUACACCGUUGUCCAUGUUGGCCAGGUUGCCAAGAUCAAUCCAGAUGCUCCACUUGAUAAAGUGUGUGUUCUAAGUUGCGGAAUGUCCACAGGUUUUGGUGCCACUGUUAAUGUUGCUAAACCCAAAAAGGGUCAGUCUGUUGCAAUUUUUGGACUGGGUGCUGUUGGUCUUGCUGCUGCUGAAGGAGCAAGAGUUUCUGGGGCUUCUAGGAUUAUUGGUGUUGAUUUGAACCCCAACAGAUUUGAAGAAGCCAAGAAAUUUGGUGUUACAGAGUUUGUGAAUCCAAAAGAUCACAACAAACCUGUUCAAGAGGUGAUUGCUGAGAUGACUGGUGGAGGAGUUGAUCGCAGUGUUGAAUGCACAGGGAGCAUCCAGGCCAUGAUUUCUGCAUUUGAAUGUGUCCAUGAUGGUUGGGGUGUUUGUGUGCUUGUUGGUGUCCCAAACAAAGAUGACGCAUUCAAAACUCAUCCAAUUAAUCUACUGAAUGAGAGGACUCUCAAGGGUACUUUCUUUGGCAACUACAAGCCUCGGUCUGAUAUUCCUGCUGUUGUUGAGAGAUACAUGAACAAGGAGCUUGAACUGGAUAAGUUCAUCACUCACUCUGUCCCUUUCUCCGAGAUUAACAAGGCAUUUGAGUACAUGCUCGCAGGCGAGGGUCUGAGAUGCAUGAUUCGCAUGGAUGCUUAAGGAACGGCCGAAUUAAUCCAUGGAUGAAGAUGGUGUUUUU